AUGGAUGAUCAGAAGUACACAAAACCCUACAAAGCUCAUGUUCUGGUCCUUCCCUACCCUGCCCAAGGCCACAUAAACCCCAUGCUUCAAUUCUGCAAGCGUUUGGUCACCAGAGAUAUCAAAGCCACAUUUGCGAACAGUGUCUUUAUCUCUAAAUCCAUGCAUGCCCAUCCCGGAACCUCAAUCACCUUCGAGACUAUCUCCGACGGCUACGACGACGGUGGCUAUGAACAAGCUGGGAGCGCCGAGGCAUACCUGGAAAUGUUCCGAAUCGCCGGGUCAGAAACUUUGGCAGAUCUGAUCAAGAAACUUGAUGCUUCAGGCCACCCUGUGGAUGCCCUUAUCUAUGAUGGGUUCUUACCUUGGGCACUUGAUGUUGCUAAGCAGUUUGGGAUUGUGGGAGUUGUUUUUUUCACUCAGUCUUGUGCUGUGAAUAGUAUAUAUUAUCAUGUGCAUAAGGGCCUUCUUCCACUUCCUCUUUCUGGUAAAAAUGUUUCACUCCCCGGAUUGCCAUUUCUGGAAAAUUGGGAGACACCAUCCUUUGUAUAUAUUUAUGGGUCAUACCCGGGUUUCUAUGACAUGGUUGUCAAUCAGUUCUCUAACAUUGAUGGAGCAGAUUGGGUUCUUUUCAACACUUUCUAUGAAUUGGAGCAAGAG